UGAUAUACCUACCUUUCCUCCAUCUGGUCACAUCUUUGCUCUUGGCUGCGUCACAUUGUAUCAUCAUUGUGUGCGCUCACGUCGAUAAUUCUUUCACCGGCCAAAAUAACGCCAUCGGCAAAACCGUACAGUGGAAUUUGAGAUAUUCCCGGCCUUCUUCACGGAUUUCCUGUCACCGCCCACGCUCUCGCCAGACGAUCCCAAUUCGCAAAAGAUCGAAUCUCUAUCACUUUGCAAGGGAAUCCUUUUCAUUGCUCUCCAACAACCACGUCACUCAUUUCAUUAUCCAACGCCUUUAAACCGCCAACUGCAUUCGCUGGCCGAUCGAAUCUUGGGAGCUGGGCUUGCACAAAGGACUAUUCCUCUCUUACAGACGUACACUCUACAAUGGCACAAUUACGGUCUAUGGAGGCCCGAACGGGUCGAAAAUUACAACGCUACGGAGCACAAGGUGAGAGACUUGUAGCCGGCGUUGUUCCUCUUUCACUCGACAAGACCAAAGUUCUCCUCGUAACGUCAACCACAGGCGGAUGGGUACUGCCUAAAGGCGGCUGGGAGACUGACGAGGCAGCGGCUCAAGCAGCAUGCCGGGAAGCAUGGGAAGAGGCCGGCGUCGUGUGUCAUGUUCAAUACGACUUGGGUGUUAUUCAGGAGCCGCCGUCGCUGACACCCAAGGCAUAUCAAUUUUUCGAAGUCGCCGUGGACAAGGAGGAGGCUGCCUGGCCGGAACAAGAUAAACGCGCGCGUCGCUGGAUGACGUAUCGGGAGGCAGCGGCCGCCCUGGCCAAACGGCCUCCUCUUCUUGAAGCGCUGAAUCGGAGUUCAAUCAAGAAGGCUUAGACAGUCUGGUCAAGGCUUUUUGUUGUCUCAGUGCCGUUAUUCGUUCUUUGCCUUUUUUUCUUUUUUCUUUUUCUCCCUCCCCAUUUGAUUGCAUCUUGCAUCUUAUACGCAUCCUCUUCGUCGAAUC